AUGACCUCACAACGCUUGAGCGACACCGCGUCCAAGCUCGACGCCGCCUCCAAGCUGCUCCGGGCGAAGCCGGAGCAGUCCCUCAUCGGCGAUGUUGGACGUGCACACGGUGACGCGCGCAGCGCGGCUGCGUCGCUGGCCCAGCAAGCGCGGGCGCUGCACCUGUUUGACAUCCUCGACGCACCCGAGACACAAGCGGUCGCGUGCAUCGCCGACCUGGACCGGCACGCUGCGGUGUACGCGACCUGCGCAGGCCUGUUCCUCUCGCUCUGCGGUGGGGUCGUGCACAAGCUAGCGGCCUCGCCGUGCGCUGACGUGCUGCGGUGCGCGGCGCAGCUGCUCAGAAAGACCGCGGCGCGGCAGGCUCAGGCAUCGGACGUCGGAAGGCUGGAGGCGGCGGUCGACGCCGUCGGGCGGCUGGCGUGGCAGCCCGGGAGCGCGGCGGUGCUGCUGAUUGAGCGGCAGGAGGGGCUGAUGCGUGACGCGCUGCAGGAGCUGCUCGAGGCUCUCCUCGAGUCCACGCUCUCCACGGUGCACGCGUCGCGCGCAGCGGCGGUGCGAAGCACAGCAGACUCCGGCCAGAGCCGGCUCGCCGAGCAGCUGAGCGCGGGCGCAAAGGCGGCGAGCCAGCUCGUCGACUCGCUCGUCUGUGCGCUCGUGCACGAGGACGACGCCGACGGCGUCGCCUCUUACAGCACUUCGCUCGGCAAGGCUCGCCGCGCCGCAGGCGAAGAGGGCGACGAAGGCGCGGUAUUAUCGGCAACUGCACAGCUUGCGAACGCGUCCCUGAAGUCCACGUGA